CAAAUGGGUUGUCAAACAAAGUUGCUGCAUUGAGUACAUACAAUAAUAAAAUAUUUAACGAAGCGUGUGAUCUCUAGUACAAAUAUAAUAUCUCACACCCUUCUUUCAAUCAACAGUCAAGAAAAAUCAAGCAUACGAUGAAAUAUAUAAUUCACGACGUAAUGAAGAAGAAACAGUACCAAAUUCGAGAAGGCUCUGAUACCAAUUGUUAGUGAAGCUUUCAAGACCAGAUCUUAACCUCGAAUCUGGAUAAAAGAAAAUAGGUGAAGGAGAUUGUGUACCUGCUUCCAUUGAUGCUUUUGGAUCCGAAGAACAAAGCUUGGUUUUCCAGUUGAUCUUAAGACAACUCUAAGAACCCUUUACACUCAAGAAAAACGAAUUUGUGAAUUAAUUUUGUCCUCCCUGAUUUGCUGCUCAUCACAUAUAUUUAUAGAUGGAGAUAAACCCUAAUGUGAGAGAUGGAAGGGAUCUUGAGGAUCUUGAGUCAAACCGGGAACUCAAGCCACAAAUGUUUUUUUUUUCCCUUCUUUUUUGGAUAAACUUCGAAAUCUCGAACUUGUUAAGAAGCAUGUGAACUGAGGCCCGCCAGUGUCAAAGUCAAAUGUUUGACGAAUUCUCUACAAAGACCGCUAUAAGUAAAAGGGACAGGGAUCAGAGCUUGAUUGAGUUCACAAUUGUAUCAAAAUUAAAAAAAUGGAUGAUCUUGUGAAUGAUAACGACGAUGGAUCAGAUGAAGUCAACAAAGAAGUUGUCAGGAUACUGAAGCAGGCAUCGGAGGAGGUCAUCAAUAGCGUUGACCUGUCUAGUCAACAGUUAAGGUUUCUUCCCGAAGCAUUCGGCAAGCUUACCAGUUUAAUUCAUCUCAAUCUCUCCAAUAAUCACUUACAGGUGCUUCCGGAUUCAAUUGCAGGAUUAGUGAAACUAGAGGAGCUUGAUGUUUCAUCCAAUCUUUUAGAAUCAUUGCCAGAUUCCAUCGGCUUGUUGACAUCUCUCAAAAUCUUAAAUAUCUCAAGCAACAAGCUCAACACCAUUCCAGAAAGCAUCGCCUUUUGCAAAUCAUUGGAAGAAUUGUAUGCAAGCUUCAAUAACCUAAUAUUCUUGCCAACAAACUUCGGUUUUGGACUAAUAAACCUCAAAAUCCUGUCAAUCAGCCUCAACGAAAUCCGUUUCCUUCCAACUACCAUUAGUGAACUAGAAUCUUUAAAAUACCUAGAUGCCCAUUUCAACAAACUCCAUGGCCUUCCAUCUUUAAUUGGGAAACUGUCAAAUCUUGAGGUAUUGAACUUGAGUAGUAACUUCAGCAAUUUGACAGAGUUACCUGACACAAUUACAAACCUUAAAAACCUCAAAGAACUUGAUCUCAGUAACAACCAAAUCAAGUCACUUCCUGAAUCAUUCGGUCAACUUCAAAAUCUGACCAAAUUAAACUUAGAUCAGAACCCGAUUGUAGUUCCUCCAAUGGAGAUUGUAAUGGAAGGAACGGAGGCUGUGAAGGGCUUUAUGGUCAAUUGGCGGCUUGCUAAUAUAGCUGCUGAGGAACAGAGGCGUGUGGUUGAAAAUGAUCAGAAUCAAGGAGGAUGGAUGGCUUGGGGAACCAACAUGGUUAAUGUGUAUCUUGGACAAGGUACUUCUGGUUCGAAGGUGAAGAGCCCGGGAUGAUUGCAGCGCACACACCACAUCAUUCCACAUUUAUAUUACUCUGAUGUACGUGGAUUUUUAUUGAUACACUUUGAUUCACCCUGG